UAUUUGUUCACUCGACAAAUGUAGACUGCAAUUGACGAGCAAUAUUUUAGUUUAUUAAAUUCAGUUGUGUAGAUCAAACAUGAGUUACGAGGUGGAUAUUAACGUAGACAUUAAAGAAUUAAUAUUGUUGGAAAAUAUUGGCUUCGGCUCGUUUGGCGAUGUAUAUACUGCAAACUGUCCCACUAAAUUUGGAUACAAGAUAAUUGCAGUCAAAAAGCUUAGGCACUCACAAGAUUCUAUCAAAUAUCUGGAACGGGAGCUUAUUAUUUUAUCGCGUUUAAAACAUCCGAAUAUUGUCACAUUAUACGGUAUCUCUAAAGAUCAAGCGAACAGAUUUCACAUUCUCUUAGAGUAUUCAGAGUGUGGAUCUCUUUACAAUUUAUUGCACAAUGAACAAUAUACUGUUUUAGAUAUUUGUAGACCAUUUUGGAUGCUUCAAUGUGCCAAGGGUAUUGCAUACUUGCAUGAGAGAAAUAUAAUCCAUCGGGAUCUAAAAACAGAAAAUAUUUUGCUUUUUAACAAGUUUCGUACACUAAAAUUGUGUGAUUUUGGCACAGUGAAAGAAAUUGCAUCAAACAAUACAGGAAAUACUGGGACUCCAAAUUAUAUGGCACCAGAAGUUGCAAAUGGUGAAAAAUACGACACAAAAUGCGAUGUUUAUAGUUUCGGAAUUAUUUUCUGGGAGGUAAUGUCAAGGCAAAAGCCUUUUUACCACUUGGGAGACAUUCAUCCAGUGGCACUUCAAAAAAAAGUCGCUGAGGGAAUUCGUCCACCCAUGAAUGACAUCCAGAAUUUAAGAAAUUUGGAAGGGAUAGAAGAAUUGAUAGAAAAAUGUUGGCAUAUGGAAUCAAUGAAUCGACCGACAAUACAACAAGUACUCAAAAAACUGAAGACUUCAUAUGGAUAUAUUGAAUUCGAAGACGAUCUCUUUAAUGUAGAGAUAUUGGAAACGAAUGACAGCUUGAAAGUGAAAGACUUAAUAUUGCAAGUACCAAGCACGAUUAAAAAAAUUCCUCGGCAAGACAUUAUUUUAGAGGGAAAGUAUAUUGGAAUUGGAGCGUUUGGCGACGUCCACAAAGCCAAGUGGAGAACUGUAGACGACGAAAAAAGAAUUGCCGCCAAAAGAUAUAGAUACCUUGGUAAUGUAGAUAGUUACUUAGAGAGAGAGCUCAAAUACAUAUCGAGUCUAAACCACGAGAAUAUUAUAACAAUACAUGGCAUCAGUGUGGAUAAUGAUUAUAGAGUUCUUUUAUUAUAUGAGUAUGCGAAUUGUGGAUCACUUGACAAUUUGCUGCAUGGCAAUAAAGAAAUUUUGGAUUACUCAUAUAUUGAAGCGUUAAAUUGGAUGCAUCAAUUAGUCAAGGGAAUGGCUUACAUGCAUGACAGGAAUAUUGUUCAUCGUAAUUUGAAACCAUCAAAACUGCUAUUUGUCCACAAUUUUCGAACAGUAAAAAUUUGUAGCUCCAGCUGCAUGACUGAAGUCUCUACUCAGAUGACUUUUGCAACUGAUAUUGCCGUUUAUAUGGCCCCAGAGGUUUUUAAUGGUCAGACAUUCACGAAGAAGUGCGAUGUCUAUAGCUUUGGAAUCAUACUCUGGGAGGUCAUGUCAAGAAAAAGACCAUUUGAAAAUAAAGGCAAUGUACACAUUCAUAAUCUUGUUUUGGAAGGUAGUCGUCCUGAUCUGAAUGAUGCCAACAUUUUUGAUAAAAAUUCCAUUUCCAUCAAAAAUUUGAUUUCCAAGUGCUGGAAUUCAGAUCCACAGGAGAGACCUACUAUGAAUGACUUAACUGUGUCUCUUGGCAACGGGAUUUAAUAUAGGGACAUAAGAAUAACCGAAUUCAUAAGAUUGUAUAAGUAGGUUUAGCGAUGUGUUCACCGUACUUUUCUUAAAGAUAAUCAAGUUUCUUCAAAGCACAAAACAAUAUGUCGAAUUUUAUGACCACAACUUCCGGACUCUCAAGUUAACUAUUGCAAAAUUAUCAAUUUUAUAAUCUCAAUCGCAAGUUCGUUAUCGAGCAGGUUGUUAUUUUUGUUAGGAUAAUAAAACAUUAGUCAGUUGUUGUUAUCUUCUUAUAGAGUAAACACAUUCGCAUCGCUGCACAGCGGUCAAAAUGAUCAAAUAAUUCCAAAGGUAUUUCGAAUGUAUUUACUUAUUAAAAAUAUAUUUAUGUUUAUAAAAAUUAUUUAUUUAUUAUUUUUAUAUUUAUGUUUAUCACUUUUUGUGGAAACAUGUUUUCGGCAGUUCUUAAAAAAAAUUAUUUGGGUUUGUUAACGCCAUUGCAGAGCGCUGUAUUCCAUUUC